CAUAUUAUCUGUUUCAGGUAAAACACUCUCAACGGAUGAAUGAUCCUCCCCUCAGACCUUGGGUAGCAAUAGCGAAAGAUGGUCAGAUCCUGUGCUGCCACUGUACCUGCAUGGCUGGAUUGGGUGAAACAUGUUCACAUUCAGCAGCAUCCCUAUUCGCCCUGGAGACAUUAAUACGUAUGAAGACAGCCACUCCAUGCACAUCACUACCUUGUCAGUGGCUGAAACCAUCAGCAUCGCACAUAGAAUAUGCUGAAGGAUGCAAUAUCGAUUUUGCCCGUCCAGCCCAGAAACGAAAGUCAGAAGUUUCAACUCCUGAGGAAAGUGCUGCGAGAAAACUGCUGAAUGUUCCUCCACCAACUGAAGAGCAGAAAGCUGCCUUUUACAAGGCUUUGUCUGAAUGCGGUGGAAGACCAGCAAUUUUGAGCAUUGUCCCUGACUAUGCUGACAACUUUGUGCCAAGGGCAGUGAAGCGAAAGCUUCCUGUACCUCUCUCACAGCUGUACGAUUCUGGCAAUAUGAAACUCAGCCCAGAUGAACUUGCACUGAAAUGCCGGUCAGAGCUGGAAAAGUUACAUUCCAUUACCAGAGAGCAGUUGAAGAAGAGUCCAGGGGCCAAGCAACAUCAACAACUUGGUUUCAACAAAGAGCUGGGCGAAUUACGGCCUCCAAUUUUAAGGCAACGACCAGGACCAAUGUCUCAAAGCCAUCCAAGUCAUUGAUCAAGAGAAUCUGCUAUCCUGAACUGUGUAGAUUUUCA